ACCGGUUCGUAAAUCCCUCGUCCGGCUAUUGUGUUUCCCAUGUGACCUCCCCAACCUAUUGACAUUUAAUAUCACGUGUCUGUUAAUCGUAAUUACUAACUAUAUUCAAUUAUUCGCUUGGCUUAUAUUUAUUUCCCUUCUUUUCUUCUGCUUCUAUUCUCGACUAAUUUCUCUGUGUUCACUUCAUUUGUUUAUCAAGGCACUACAUUUAGCUGAAUGAAUCUUUUUCAGGAACCGUUUGACACUUUUUUCUUUUUAAGUUAUUAUCACCAUCUGGACAACUUCGUCAAGGAACUACCUAUAUUUUCUGAGCCUCGAUGUCUGAAACCGAAAUACUCCUCAAAGUUCUCAUAAUUGGGGACCCGAAUGUGGGCAAGACAUCGUUUGUUCAGAGGUAUAUUAAUAACACUUUCCGAGGGACAUACAAGUGGACAAUUGGUGUCGAUUUUGGUUUGAAAUUGAUACAAUGGAGCCCGACUGAAGCAGUCAAGCUGCAACUGUGGGAUAUUGCAGGACAGGAACGUUACACAUCGAUGACACGUGUAUACUACAAAGACGCGUUUGGUUGUGUUGUGAUGUGUGACAUAACACAGUCACAAACUUUCAAGAGUGCAGCACUAUGGAAGAAAGAUCUUGACUCCAAAUGUACCUUAUCUGACAACUCACCAGUGCCAUGUAUCUUAUUAGCUAACAAGGAUGACCUUCCCAUCAGAAGUGUAUCUGAAAAAGACUUGGAUGCCUUUUGCAAGGAACAUAAUUUCUUGGCAUGGGCCAAUAUAUCGGUGAAAGACAAUCGCAUGAUAAAAGAAUCAAUGAAUUAUCUAAUAGAUGAAAUGAUGACCAAACAUAAACAGCUAAAUGAAAAUGAAAAUGUAUAUCAAAGUGAUGAAGGCUCAACUAUUGAUUUGAAGGAGCAAAAAGUAUCCUCUUGGAAAUGUUGCCGAUAAAAUACUGAAUUUCAUAUCAAAUUGGUUAUUAUUGGAGUCAGUACCUCUGCGAAGACAUUUCCAAUGUGUUUAUUAAUGCAAGACAUCGUUUGUAAGAAGAUACAUGGUGUGUAUGUGAAGGUGGUGAUAAUAUUUAUUUAUUGUAUGACUUGCUUUACUGAAAGAGAGAUUUUGUUUUUCUGAGAUCUCCUCUAUUUAUUUGAUUGUUAUUUAUCUAUUGUUAAUAUUCUAAUAAAUUCUGUAGACAGCUUCCAAUACAGUAAAUAUUUGAGUGCAGGGAUCUCAUCUAUAUUUAAGAAAUAUAGAAAAUGUAAUAUAGGCAGGGUUUUUUCUUUUUGAAAUGUACACAUUAUUAUUAUUAUUGAAGAUGGUGAGCUGACAGAAUCGUGAACAUGCUGGGCAAAAUGCUUAGUGGCAUUUUGUCUGUCUGCACAUUCUGAGUUCAAAUUCUGCUGAGGUCAACUUUGCCUUUUAUCCUUAUAGGGUUGAUAAAAUAAGUACCAGUUGAGUACUGGGGUCAAUGUGAACGACUUUGCCCCUCACCCAGAAUUGCUAGCCUUGUGCCAAAAUUUGAGACUAUUUUUGUUGAAGAUACGGAGCUGGCAGAAUCAUCAGAGCAUUGGGAAAAUGUCUUCAAGUAUUUGUUUUAGCUUUUUGCGUUUUGAGGUCAACUCUGUCUUUCUUUCCUCUUUCUGGGGUUGAUAAAAUAAAAUAUGUAUUAAGAACUGGA